UUUCGAAUAUAUUAAGCGAGACUGAAAAUUUAGAUAUCGGGAAAUAUGAUACAUUCACAUCUAAAAGUAAUAUGAUUCAACAACUUGAAUAUGUUUCGUGGAAGUACAAAAAUCCGUAUAGUAUUUCUAUUACCAAUCAUAUGGAUUAUGAAAAAUAUAGUCACACAUUAGAGAAUGUUUUCAAAGAGGACGAGCCCCAGGAAGGAAGAGCAAAGCAAAGCAUUCUCUCCAAUUGUCGAGAGUAUUUAGCUACCUAUCAGGAAUCUUGUGGUACACCACGUACCGAAUAUUCCUUCGCUGCUUUGAUCAUAGUAAUGGCUCAGGCUACGGCACGAUCUUUGUUGGGACUGAUAUACAUGAUCAUUAAUGUCGUUCCUGUUAUUCAGAUGUUUUCUUUCAUAUUGAGAUUCGUAUUAGACAAGAUAAUCGAUAUAUGCAGGACUAAGAAUAUUCAGCAAGUAGCUGUAAAACUCACAAUUUUCAUCAUACAAUUGCUCAGCGUAUACAUCUGCCUUAUAUUUAUAUUUGGCUUCAUCGUUUUGCCGAUUGUACAAAUGGCAAUUGGUAUUGCAACUAAAUUUGUAAUGCGCAAUUAAAACGUAGUAUUAUAUU